AUGCCAGACUAUCUAGCAAAGUCUCUAGCAGAGACCGAGCGAGAAUUCAACGCGAAAUUCCGCGCAUACCCAUUCACGCUGUUCAACAACCUGGCCCCAGAGAUACGCCACAAGAUCUGGCGCGCUGCUGUCCACGCCCAAGACCGCGUCGUACACAUGCGACCGCCACCGAAAACAUCCAUGUACAUCGCUCGCGCGCCCUGGCCGCUGCUCUUCCUCGUCUGCAAAGAAUCGAAACACGAGACCGAAAAGUUCUACCAGCGCCUGCCAGGAGGCCAGAUGAUGAGUACCCCGCGCCCACUCAGCGAUCCCUGCUGCGCCCGCGGACCCGUCGUCUCGUUUUUCGACGACAUCGUCGCUUUCAAGAUCGACUUCUCGAUCCCCUGCUACCCCGGCCACGCAUUUCAGCGCAACGGGUCGCGCCCUAGCCAAUACUCGUUCUACCUCAAGACGGCCGACGCGCGGCGCCAACUACCGGGCGAGGCUGGAGGAGUUCGCGGCCAAGCACGAGGUCCGCCGCAUCGCGCUGUCGGACCACGAUUCCGGCCAGCUUGCCGUCUGUCUGUCGAGACAGUUCGGGUCGGACAAUGCGGCGUGCCUCUUCUGGAAGAACUAGGGCAUUGA